GCGGUUGCGCCAUCGGAAGAAUCAGAUCCUCGCCUCAACCGGCUCCAUAAUGCGCGCCCUCGCGCAUCCUCGUCUGGGGCUACUCGCAGCCGUCCGAUCAUCAUCCGACAGCCCACAACGCCCUGCCCCUGUCCUCCUCCGACCUCCUCUCCCCUUCCCCGCUGCCCGCCUCCGCCGCUUGCCGGACCUCUCGCCGCCGACCACCCGCCAUCGCCGCCCCAUGCCUCCCCCCACGGGGACGGUCGCAUCCGGUGACGCCGGCGGCGGCUCCUUCCCCGAGCCCACCUGCCCCGCGGACUUCGCCGCCGUCGCCGCCCCCGGCGGCCGAAUCUCCGUCGUCGGCUUCGGCUCCCUCCUCUCUGAGCGGAGCGCGAGGAGCACGUUCCCGGACCUGGAGGGCUUCCGCGUGGCGGCGCUGAGGGGGUUCCGGCGGGUGUUCGCCCACGCUGCCCCUAUCUUCUUCGAGCGCGGCAUCGCCGUCGAGGCCACCAAGGAAUUCUCAAGCCUAAGCGUGGAGCCAUGCGAGGGGGAACUGAUAGUAGUCACUGUAUUCGAAAUCAAGGAGGAGGAGGUGCCAGCAUUUAUCGAGAGGGAACAUGAAUUUAGAUUUCUUGCGGUUGUUCCUGAAGGAUUGGACGGAGUGCCGUUUACAAAUCAAGCAGUUGUCUGUGCACGCUACAGCGAUGAAGAAUAUUUCAAAGAGAGAUGCCAAGGGAGCAAGGAAAUAUAUAACCAGCGCUACGGACGGGUCAACAUCGACAAAAUCUGGAGAGAUGAUAUUUUACCAUGUCGCUUGUAUCUUAGACAUUGUGUUCUUGCUGCAAAAAAUCUCGGUGAACCAGCAUACAGCAACUUCUUGGACCACACCUAUCUUGGCGACAGGAAAACUACGAUAAGGGAAUACUUGGACACUAUUGGAGCUGGCAUCAUGGAAGAGGAGCCUCCUGAAUCGCUAAAAAGCCGCUACGGUGGCUGAUUCGACGGCGACUUUCAUAGCUACCACCGGUGGAACUUCCAUGCGCUUGCAUUGUAUCAGAUCAAAUAGUUGGUGAAUUGGUGUGUUCCAGGAUGUGUGAAAUAAUGCGUGGUGCUCAAUUCCACAAGAUCUAAUAUUCCGAUGUUUUGGGCGGAUGGUGCCAAAUAUGUGAUUUGCGACCAAUUUGUGACUGAUGUACACCUAUAAUUGCGACUAUUUGCCAUCAUAACAGAAAUUUCGGAGCC